CUCGCAAACAGCGCUGAUUGGCGUUUCCUCCGACCAAUCCGAUGGGAGAUCGUCGGCUGGCCGGGCGGAGUGGCAGUACAGCCGACCAAUAGGAGCUCUGCCGCGCCGUGGGUGUUCCCGAGGGCGGUAGCAGGGCGGUGGCGGCAGCAAGAUGGCGGUGGCGGGCAAGGGAGCGCUGUCGGCCGCGGUGAAGCCGAUCUUCAGCCGGGACCUGGGCGAGGCGAAGCGGCGCGUCAGGGAGCUGUACCGGGCGUGGUACCGCGAGGUGCCCAACGCGGUACACCUGUACCAGCUGGACAUCACGGUGAAACAGGGGCGUAACAAGGUGCGGGAGAUGUUCAUGAAGAACGCCCACAUUAGGGAUCCACGGGUGAUAGACAUGCUGGUUAUUAAGGGGAAAAUGGAGCUUCAAGAAACCAUUCAUGUAUGGAAGCAGAGGACUCACGUCAUGAGGUAUUUCCAUGAGACGGAAACCCCGCAACCUAAAGACUUUCUGUCCAAAUUCUACGCGGGCCACGAUCCCUGAGAGAUUGACUCUGUGUCUUCCUGCCUUAUAUUACAAAUAAAGUUCUGUACAAUAGAAAAAAAACAUACA